GAGGCUCGGACGGGAGCGGUCGGGGGGCGGGGAGCCAGGGCGCCGCUGGGAAAGGAAAGAGUCGGGAGAGGCGUGGGAGCUAGGGGCACGGAGGACGCGGGCCCGGACUGCGGGGGCAGCUUGGGGGAGACCGAUGGGCGGCUUGGAAGCUGGCAGGAUUGCGGAUGAGGGUUGAGUUCGGAAUGGAGUGGAGAUGAUGUAGGAUGGAGGGAAGUGAAGGAAGGGGAGGGCGGAUAGAGGAAAAUGUGGGAGGAGUGGUUGGGAAUUUGUGAGUAGCAGGCAGGAAGGGAUGAGGAAGACUGGGCAGGGGCUGCAGACGAUUGGAAUGAGCGGGAAGGUUAGCAGGAAUCAGAGAAAUGGGCCGGGAGCUGAAGGGUUCAGUAGGGGUGUCCAUUAAAGGGAACUGAUGCCUUGACAUGUCCUUUCGGCUCAGGUUCCUGAUGUCUCCCAUUUUUCUAGCGUUGUGGGGGAAAACGAAAGCAUCACUUGCCCUGGCUGCUAUCUUGAUCAUUUUCCACAGGCCCAAACACGCAACUGACUGCCAUCCAUCCCCUUUAGUGCCAUGGUCUUGAUUUAUCCUUUUAAAGGGGUUAGAGUGGCAGUGUGACACACAAACCGUUCUUCAGUAUGAAAUGUUAGAAGUUAUCCCCAAGAGACACAGUGUCCUCUUGUCCUGCAGUUUUCAGUUUAAGAAUCCUAAUGCGCCUGACUAACCGGUGGUGAGCAGGGCCUUUGGGGCCAACGUGGUGGGCUCCCCAAGGAAACCCCUUUGAAACCAAUGGAUGCAUUCACGGGCUCGAGUCUCAAGAGGAAGUUUGAUGAUGUGGAUGUGGGCUCAUCGGUUUCCAACUCAGAUGAUGAGAUCUCCAGCAGUGACAGUGCUGACAGCUGUGACAGCCUCAAUCCUCCUACAGCUGCCAGCUUCACACCCACAUCCAUCCUCAAGCGACAGAAGCAACUGCGGAGAAAGAAUGUCCGCUUUGACCAGGUGACUGUAUACUACUUUGCCCGGCGCCAGGGUUUCACCAGUGUGCCCAGCCAGGGAGGGAGCUCGCUGGGCAUGGCCCAGCGCCAUAACUCUGUGCGCAGCUACACGCUCUGUGAGUUUGCUCAGGAGCAGGAGGUGAACCAUCGGGAGAUUCUUCGUGAGCAUCUGAAGGAGGAGAAACUCCAUGCCAAGAAGAUGAAGCUGACCAAGAAUGGGACAGUGGAGUCGGUGGAGGCUGAUGGCCUGACCCUGGAUGAUGUCUCAGAUGAAGAUAUCGAUGUGGAAAAUGUGGAGGUGGACGAUUACUUCUUCCUGCAGCCUCUGCCCACCAAACGGCGACGGGCCUUGCUCAGGGCUUCAGGGGUGCACCGCAUUGAUGCUGAAGAGAAACAAGAACUUCGAGCCAUCCGCCUGUCACGUGAAGAGUGUGGUUGUGACUGUCGCCUGUAUUGUGACCCAGAAGCCUGUGCCUGUAGUCAGGCUGGGAUUAAAUGCCAGGUGGACCGCAUGUCCUUCCCAUGUGGCUGUUCGAGGGAUGGCUGUGGGAACAUGGCCGGGCGCAUUGAAUUUAAUCCCAUCCGGGUCCGGACUCAUUACCUCCACACCAUCAUGAAGCUGGAGCUGGAGAACAAGCGGCAGGUGAGCCGCCCACCGGCCCCCGACGAGGAGCCCUCACCCACGGCCAGCUGCAGCCUGACGGGAGCCCAAGGCUCAGAGACACAGGACUUCCAGGAGUUCAUUGCUGAGAACGAGACGGCAGUGAUGCACCUACAGAGCGCAGAGGAACUCGAGCGGCUCAAGGCAGAGGAAGACGCCAGUGGCUCUAGUGCCAGCCUGGACUCCAGCAUAGAGAGCCUGGGCGUGUGCAUCCUGGAGGAGCCCCUGGCUGUUCCUGAAGAGCUGUGCCCGGGCCUGACGGCCCCCAUUCUCAUCCAGGCUCAGCUGCCCCCAGGCUCCUCCGUCCUGUGUUUUGCUGAGAACUCCGACCACCCCACUGCCUCAGCAGUGACCAGCCCAUCCUACUUGAACAGCGGGCCCCUGGUGUAUUAUCAGGUGGAGCAGAGGCCAGUCCUGGGGCUGAAAGGAGAGCCCAACACGGAAGAAGUCCCACCCUCUUUCCCCAAGGAGAAGGAUCUGAAUGUCUUCUCCCUCCCUGUUACCUCACUGGUGGCUUGUAGCCCCACAGACCCAGCGGCCCUGUGUAAAUCCGAAGUGGGGAAAACGUCCACUCUGGAAGCACUAGUUCCCGGAGAUUGUAGCACUGAGGAGCCUGAGAAUGAAGACUUCCGCCCCUCGUGGUCCCCCUCGAGCCUCCCCUUCCGCACGGACAAUGAAGAGGGCUGUGUGGUGGAGAAAACCUCCCAGCCGAGUGAGGACAGGCCCCCGGAAGAUUCUUCCCUAGAACUCCCUCUGGCAGUGUGACGCGGGGAUGGAGAGUCCGCCUCUUACCCAUUCUCUAUUUAUUCCCUUAUUUUAUCUAACACCAUUUCAAAACAAAACUGUAGAAGCA